AUGACAGUCAACAGACUCACCAACAAGAACAUCCUCUUGAUCGGCGGAACAUCAGGCAUUGGGUUCGCCGUUGCCAAACAAGCACUCGCAUCUGGUGCAAACAUAACAAUCAGUUCCUCCUCCAAGGAGAGAGUAUCCCAAGCGGUUCAAGAUCUCCAAGCCAGCAAUCCAGCUCGCGCAUCAUCAAUCCGGAGCCAGGUGACCGAUCUCUCUAUUCGAGAGAAUCUCGAAAACACAAUCGAGUCUCUCCUGAAAUUCAGCGCCGAGAUCUCCCCAAUCGAUCAUGUUGUGUUCACAGCUGGGAACGUUCCUCCACUUGUGUCUCUCCCAGAAGCCUCCUUCGACGAUGUUGAAGCUUUCUUGACGGUUCGCUUCUUCGGUGCAAUGGCUGUAGCUAAAUACGCACCUCGAUAUAUGAACCCCAGCAAAUCCUCAUCAAUCACCUUGACAUCGGGUUCACAAAGUCAAAAGCCGACUGCUUGGUUACCACCUGCUAUUUGUGGGGCAAUUGAGGGUCUAAUGAAAGGGUUGGCUGUUACUUUAUCACCUAUCCGUGUGAAUGUCGUUUCGCCAGGGUUUGUCUUGACAGGUUUGAUUGAUAGAUUGCCAGAGGAGAUGAGAAAUGGAUUGAUUGAGAAAUCUAUGAAGCAGUCGUUGACGAAGGAUAUUGGGUAUCCAGAAGAUGCAGCCGAGGCAUACUUGUAUCUUAUGAAGGAUCAUUUUGUGACGGGUGCUACCAUCGCUACUAAUGGAGGUGUGUUUUUAGUUUAG